AUGGAUAAAAAGAAGAAACCCAGUGGUGCAUUUAAACGAAAACAACGCCAAGAAAGAGAAGAAAGUAAACAAAAAUUGCCCAAAAUUGACAAGUUUUUUAGUCAGCCUUCUGGAAGUACAUCUGGUCAAAAUAUUUCUAUUGAUAGUGACUCAAAUAAUGUGGUGAAUGCAGUGUUGGUUGAGAAGCCUACUGAAGAAGAUUCGACAAUUAUUGCAGUUGGAGAUAUCUCUGCCGCCGAUCAUGUGAACGUGGAUGAUGUUUGCAUGACACACAUAAGCGCGGAGGGUUUGGAGGAACCACAGACCUCUACAUUUUUCGAAAAUGUGUACGACAAAUCUUCUUAUGACUUGGGAAACUUCACGAACAAAAUAUUAAGUGAUAACGAAAAACGCCAAAUUCUUGGUAUGGGGACUUUGCAGCCUUCAGGACCUUUUCCAACAGGCAUCAACCAGAAUAAUAGGUUAUUCGAUAUCAUACUUACCCUAGCAAAGAGUUCUUUGGCUUUGAGAGGACAUCAAGAAGACUUAAGUCAGGAAGGAAACCACGGAAAUUUUUUAUCCUUUGUAGAGCUUGUCGCCCGAUAUGAUCACAUUUUACGGCAAGUUUUGGAUAUGCCCAAAGGAUCUACAAGAUAUCUGAGUGCAACGAUUCAAAAUGAAAUGAUUGAGAGCUUGGGGACCAAACUCGAAACCCAUCUACUAGAACAAAUUAGAGCGUCACCGUUUUUUGCCAUCAUAAUGGAUACGACACAGGACAUAUCGAAGGUAGAUCAGCUAAGCAUUGUUGUGAGGUAUGCAGUAAUAAACAGAUCGGAAAAUGGACAGCCAAUUGAUAUAAAAGUAAAAGAAGUGUUUCUAGGCUUUUAUGCAGCCAUCAAACAUGGCGCAGUAGAUUUAGUCAACCAAGUGACAACAUUAUUUAUCGACAAAAAUAUUGAUUUAAAAAAAUGUGUGGGGCAAGGCUAUGAUGGAGCCAGUGUGAUGAGUGUGAACAGCGAAAAGGAGAACGACGAAGCGAAUUCUGCAGAAGAUUCUGAUUCCUCUGACAAAACAAAAUCGAAAUCUUCUGUAGCUAAUGAUUCGAUCGAGGAAAUAUUGCCCUUCCCAAAGAGCACGAGAGCAGCUCAAACCCAAAGGAGAAGCAAAGGAGCUCAAGAAGCAGAAACCAUAACUAUAAAAUCAUAUAAAGAAGAAUUAGAAUCGAAGCAAACUUCCAUAGGUGCAAAGGAAAAGCGUGUAGUGGAACGAGAGAUAGUUUCUGACAUUCAGAUUCCUGGCACUUCAAAGGCUGUACCAAAAAAGUGA